UUUAGAAAAAAAAUUUUAUUUGGAAUUUAUUUGGAAAAAAGAAAUUUAACUAAUGGGGUCGUCAGCUGCGGCAGCAUGGCUUCCUUUUGCAAAAGCAUCUGCCGUUGGAUGGUCUCCAAUCUCUCGAACAUCCCUUCCCAAACCUCCAGCUGCCCUAAAGGCUAGUUUACAUUUUUAUAAUACAGCAAGAGAAUUAGCCAUAGACCACGUUGGCGAUGUAAGGUUAAUAAUCAACAUCUCCGGUCGUCGUUACGACACGUGGAAGAACACUUUAGAACGCUUUCCAGAAACCCUGUUGGGUAGCAAUGAAAGAGAAUUUUUUUACGAUGAGGAUGCUAAAGAAUAUUUUUUUGAUAGGGAUCCAGACCUUUUUAGACACAUCCUCGCAUUUUACCGUACUGGCAGACUACACUACCCCCAAACUGAAUGUCUUGUCUCCUAUGAAGAAGAAUUGGCAUUUUUUGGAAUUAUACCUGAUUUAAUUAGUGAUUGUUGCUACGAGGAUUACAAAGACAAAAAACGGGAAAAUCAAGAAAGACUAAUGGAGGAGAGAAUAGAUGCCCCAGAAAAGAAGAAAGACAUGACUUUUAGGCAAAAAAUGUGGACAGCUUUUGAGAAUCCUCACACAUCCACAACAGCUCUUAUUUUUUAUUAUGUGACAGGCUUCUUCAUUGCCGUCUCUGUCCUCUGCAAUAUAAUAGAAACCAUCCCCUGUAAAUACCUCGCUCACAGUUUUGGCUCAAUCUCUUGUGGUGAUCUCUAUGAAAAACAAUUUUUUGUUCUUGACACGGCCUGUGUUGUUAUUUUUACUAUAGAAUAUUUAUUUCGAUUAUAUGCGGCGCCGGAUAGGUGCAAGUUUGUUAGGUCUAUAAUGUCUCUAAUUGAUGUUAUUGCUAUUUUACCUUAUUAUAUUGGGUUGGGAUUACAGGAGAACAAAGACGUCAGCGGAGCUUUUGUUACACAUUCCCAAGGUCUUCGAAUCCUCGGAUAUACCCUCAAAUCUUGUGCCUCAGAAUUGGGUUUUUUAGUGUUUUCGCUAGCUAUGGCAAUUAUUAUUUUUUCUACAAUUAUUUACUACACAGAAAAACGGGUGCCUGACACUAAAUUUACUUCAAUUCCUGCCGCUUUUUGGUAUACUAUUGUUACUCUUACAACACUUGGUUAUGGCGAUUUUGUUCCUUAUACUGUGAUGGGAAAAGUUGUGGGAGGUAUUUGUUCGUUAAGUGGAGUUUUGGUUAUUGCUUUACCUGUUCCUGUUAUUGUCUCAAACUUUUCCAGAAUUUAUCAUCAAAAUCAGAGGGCGGAUAAGAGAAAGGCUCAAAAGAAAGCCAGAAUGGCAAGAAUUCGUAUUGUUAAAAAUGCUAGUGGUCAAGUACUAUCAAAUCGUAGGAAAGGAUAUGAACAAAGAAUGCAUGAUUUUGAGCUUGGGUUGUUAGGUCCUGAACAAUUAAAAGACGAGGAUAUAUUCCAAUUACAACAUCACCAUUUGCUUAUGUGUUUGCACAGAGCUACGGAAUGGGAUAAAGACGAAUCAGAAGAACGGGAAAAAAGAACAAGCAUUGGACAAAAAAGGGAAGGAGAAUGUAAUUAUGACCAAAAAAGCGACAACAUCCUCCCAGACCAAAUUAAUGAUAACAACAAUUCCCCACCCCUUCAACAACCCCCAUUUAAAUUAACACCCGUGAGGAACUGGUUAACCCGAAUGAGGCAACACAGCGCUUCUUUUUGUGGACAAAGAGGAAGUAGCAGGAAAAAGCUUUGGAGGUACAAGGCUAGAAGGAUGUCUAGUAGUGGGAAGGAUACACAGAGACUUGAUGAGGAAGAAGCGAUUGGAGGUGAUGUUCUAAACACCAACAAACAUUCACAAUACCAACAACUUUCACAAUUAAAUGCAAUCCCUUUGAGAGUUACACCAGCUAACGAGCCUAGCACCUCCACAACUGUAAUAGAUGAAGAGUUAGAUCAUCAAUAUACUCGAGAACAACAGUUGGAGGACUAUGAAGAUGCUGAAUUGAUUAAAGAAAGUAACCUAAACGAAGACAGAAAUGAAGGAAAGGAGGAGAAGGGGCAGAUAUUUAUACAUCCCCCUAUUCGCAUUGUUGUUUCGGAGGAAGGUUUUGAUCCAGGGGAGGGUGGAGGAGAUGGAGGAGGGAAUAGAGGGGAAGGAGAAGUAGAAGGGGAAGAUCUAGGAAGAGAAGAACAUCAAGAAAGGGAGGAAAGCAAAAAUAGAGGUGAGGAAGAGGAACAAGUUGAAGAAUCAAAAGAAUCAGAACCACAACAAAUAAACGAAAAUAAUAAAAUAAUAUCAUUGGAGGAACUACAAAGAGUAAAAUUAGAAAAUACAAAUAGGUGCCAAUAA